GGCUUUCAGUGGACGUACAGACUUGUGUGGAGUUAAUGAGCGCCGUGUAUUGUCUCUAGCUGCUUCUGGAGCCCCAGGCCAGUGGCAGAGUGGUCGUUUUGAUGGGCUCCACCUCGGACAUGGCUCACUGUGAAAAAAUCAAGAAGGCCUGUACCUCCUACGGGAUUAUGUGCAUCCUGAGAGUCACCUCGGCACACAAAGGUCCAGAUGAGACACUCCGCAUCAAAGCAGAAUAUGAAGGUGACGACGUACCAACUGUGUUUGUGGCUGUAGCCGGCAGAAGCAACGGCCUUGGUCCGGUGAUGUCUGGAAACACGGCAUAUCCCGUGAUCAACUGCCCACCUCUCACUCCAGACUGGGGUGCACAAGAUGUCUGGUCAUCUCUCCGUAUGCCAAGCGGUCUUGGUUGCUCCACAGUCCUCUCCCCUGAGGCCGCCGCUCAGUUUGCCGCGCAGAUCUUCGGGUUGACCGAUCACCUGGUGUGGUGCAAACUGAGAGCCUCCAUGCUCAACACCUGGGUGUCUCUGAAGCUGGCUGACAAGAAGUUACAGGCCUGCAGCCUCUGAAGUGUCUUCCCUUUGAGCCUUGUGUGCUCUCUUAGGGCUCUACUGUCUGUCAAUGUUAUGUCUUUGUUUACCAUAAGAACCCACUAACAGUGUACUUUGUCACACAUAUAAAUCAUUCCAUUAAAAGCUUCUUAAUUAA